GGAUGUUAGAAAGCUAGACAGCUGAUGCGAAGAUCCAACAAUCCUUUCUUUCAUCAUCUACGUUUUCUUCUACUAACUGAGGAGAGCUCUGGGUUGGUGGAUUUAUUCCCCCCCCCCCUCCUGGAUGUGACAGCCAUGCUGCUGCUCCUGCUGCUGCUCUGCCUGCAAACAUCACUGACAGAACAGGUCCGUCUGACUGCUCCUGCUGGUCGCUGUGAUAUCCCAGUGAGGAUAGAUGUCUACACCUCAUGCACCUCCUGUGCCGCCGUCACCACCAGCAGCUGCCCGCAAGGCUUCAGCAGUAUGAGCACCACUAACUGCAGUUAUGUGGUACAGAUUGGCGGCAGGGACAUGGAGCUGGAUGGAUGUUCACGUCAAUGUGCCAAGACUUUCAUGCAACCAAUGUGUUGUCAAAAUCACUGGGGACCACUGUGUCUACCCUGUCCCAGCUGGUCAGGGAAGACCUGCAACUUUCAUGGAACCUGUCUGGGUCCAGACCUUGGCAACGGGACCUGCGUCUGUGAUGAUGGCUUCGCAGGUUUUGCCUGUCAGGAGUGCAUGAAUUCAAAUGCUUUUGGAGAAAACUGUGAUAAAGAGUGUGACUGUGUGCAUGGAGUGUGUAAUAAAGGUCCAGAUGGUGAUGGACAGUGUUUGUGUCAGCCACCGUACACUGGGAAGCGCUGUGACGUUGUGAGUAACAGGUGCAGUAGCUGCAGCCCCUUCUCGUACUGUAAAGGAGAGGGAGAGGACGCCGUCUGUGAAUGUUUGCCCGGACACAGAAGGUCGCCACAGGGAAAAUGCAUAACUGUUUGCGCAGCGAAGGACUGUGACGUCAAUGCCCAGUGCUCUGCACAGGGUUCGAAAGUCAGCUGUGCCUGUAAGCCUGACUACCAGGGAGACGGAAAGAUCUGCGUACCAAAAAACCCCUGUUCUGAAAACAAUGGAGGAUGUCCCAUCAACUCCACCAUAUGUGUCUUCAAAGGACCAAACAAGUCCAGCUGCGAGUGCAUGUCUGGCAUGUCCCCAAUAGGUGGCAGUGCUGAGUUUGGUUGUCAGCUGGUCUCUGCUUGCUUAGAACACACCUGUGACCUCUCAGCUAUCUGUGAAACUGGACUGGAUGGACAACCCAGGUGUGUGUGUGAUGCAGGUCAGAUUGGUGAUGGUCAGCGUUGCUAUGGUAACCUUAUAGAGCGGCUGAUAGAGUUGGAUAGGAGAGGAAGCCAGACGGGAAAUCUGACCGGAGCUGUUGCCUUGUUUGAGAAAGGCUGUUUACGGCUGAUGAGUCAUACCGGACCCUUCACAGCUUUCAUCCCUUUACUGAGAGCACCUCUCACUGGUGUUAACGAGGAGCAGAUGUGUAAAAACCACCUGAUCCUGGGUCAGCACCUCUACAAGGAUCUGGAGGGACGAGACUUCAACUUGUAUGGAGGAGCCAGGUUCAGGAGCAAAGGCAACAAGAAGUUCAUCCUGAUGGAAGAGCCCAGCAAACUGUACACCAUCAUCCAGGAAGACCUGCCAGCAGCCAACGGGAUUAUCCACAUCAUCGACCGACCAAUCACUAACAGUCCUGAAAGGCCCUCUCGUGAUGAACGGUUUUCUGACAAGACGAUCGGAGAGAUUCUAACCAAGGAUGAAAAAUACAACCGCUUCCUGUCCCUUGUUGAUAACUGUGGGUCUCCUCCUCCACUGCGGGGUCCAGGACCCCUGACUGUGUUUAUCCCCACUAAUCAGGCGGUGGAUAGAGCCCGAGACGGCAGCAUCUUGUACAUGCUGCACGACGCCAAACAUAAACUUCAGGAACUUCUUAGACACCAUGUUUUCACCCAGGCUGUGCUGUCAGUCGACGAGUUGGCUGCUCUCCCUCAGAUUCAGACGAUGGCCAAUCAGAUUCUCAGCAUCACUGUGUCUGAUGAUGGGAAGAUCCUGUUGGGGGAGAAGGGUAUCCUUUUGAAAAGCACCAACAUUGUAGCCUCCAAUGGAAUCAUCCACAUGAUUGACGGCCUUCUGUAUCCGCCCUCCAUCCUUCCUAUCCUGCCUCAUCGCUGUGAUGUCACUGAGAAGAAGAUCACCGUGGGUCUGUGUGUUCACUGCAGUUACCUCUUUGAGACUGAGUGUCCAGAUGGCAGCACUGAAAUGGACAGCCACCAGGUUGGCUGUGAAUACUUGGUGGCUCCUUUCCGGCAGACACUCAGUAAAGGCUGCGCCAAAUACUGCAAUGCCACCAAACAGGUGGCAGAGUGCUGUAAAGGUUUCUACGGUCCAGACUGUAAACCCUGUAUUGGAGGAUUCCAGCAUCCCUGCUAUGACAAAGGAAAGUGCUUUGACGGUAUCCAAGGUAACGGCUCAUGCAGCUGUCAGCCAGGCUUUGAGGGUAUCGCCUGUCACAUCUGCUCAGAUCCGGCAAAGUAUGGAGACAAGUGUGACGAAGAUUGCCACUGCGUCCACGGUGUAUGUGAUAACCGUCCAGGUGGUGGUGGAGCGUGUCGGACAGGAUCCUGUAAGGACGGAUACUCUGGAGAUUACUGUGACAGAACAGCCACACCCUGCAACUCUGACGGACUGCACGAACACUGUCACAUCAAUGCAUACUGUACGCAGAAAGGACUCAAUACUAUGUGUUUGUGUAAGGAUGGGUAUGAUGGUGAUGGUCACUCCUGUUCUCCCAUCAACCCCUGCCUGAAGAGCGACCGAGGAGGCUGCGAUACCAACGCAGGGUGUGUGUAUGUGGGUCCCGGUAACGCCUCGUGUGUGUGCGCCGAGGGCUGGACAGGGGAUGGCAAAGUGUGUGGGGAGAUAAAUAAUUGUCAACUGGAGAGUCGAGGAGGCUGCAGCCCAAACGCCAACUGUAAUCACAUCGGACCUGGACAGAGUGAGUGUGUGUGUGGAGCAGGUUACAUGGGGAACGGUAUCGUGUGUGACCUCGUUAACCCCUGUUACAAGAACAACGGAGGCUGCCAUGAAUUGGCAAAAUGUGAGAAGCAGGAGAACGCAACGCAUACCUGUACCUGUCCUGAUGGCUACGUUGGAGAUGGAACCAUCUGCUACGGAUCAUUAAUGGACGAGCUGGACAUGGCUAUGAAGCUGUACAGUUUCAACCGACUGAUUCAGAGAUACAUUCACAGCUCUGCGGACCUAAGUGGAAACCUGACAGUUUUAGCUCCGUCCAGAGAAGCUCUAAGAAACAUGACUGCUGCUCAGGACUCGUUCUGGAUAAACCGACACCACCUGCCUUACUUCCUGCGGGCUCACUUCCUGAAGGGAAUCUACUCUGUGGAAGAUCUCGACAGACUGGUGGGCAGUAAGCUCCCCACCCUGAACCCCCCCACACACUGGGAGAUCAGCAACAGAAGCGGGGUGAUCCAUAUUGGAAACGCUUCCAUCAUCACACAAAACAUGCCUGCAAUCAACGGCUACAUCCACAUCAUCAAUAUGGUUCUUGCUCCACCUGUCUCAGAUCUCCCCCCAGAGCCCCCAACCCUGAUGGAGUUCCUGAACACCACGUCCAACUUCACUCUGUUCAGACAGUACGCUCAGAUGUACAAUCUGUCAAUGGAGCUAUUAGACAAGGAGUUCACCCUCCUGCUGCCAACAGAUGAUGCCAUCAGGCAGCACCUCAGCAGGACUAACACCUCUGCUCUGGACUCUGAUGUGUUCAAGUACCAUGUGAUCCUCAAUGAGCUGAUCUUACCUGACCACCUGGCCGAUGGCACAUUGAAAAGCACACUGCUGGGCAAUGACUACCAGGUCCAGUUCCACAUAAACGACAAAAACAAGACACUUGUAAACGAUAUUCCUCUUGACGGCGGACACAUCAACACGCAGGAUGGUGUCAUCAUAGUGGUCCCUCAGGUCCUUAAAGUCGUCCGCAACAGAUGCAGCAAAGAGUUCAUCCUUAAAGUCAAUGGACGAUGUGCAGACUGUGAAGGACUGCCUCGAUGCAUGUUCUCCUACAAACCAAUCAGAGAACAGUUUCCAGCCAACAUGCGGUCCAACUGUAAAUACAGGAAGCGAAUUGGAACCCGGAGGAAGUCUGUGCCAGGCUGUGUCAUCAAAUGUUACAAGUCAACCUCGGAUCACUCUUGUUGCCCUGGUUACUAUGGCCACGAGUGUUACAGAUGCCCUGGAGACGUCGGCAGCUGGUGCUCCAACCACGGGACCUGUCUGGACGGUACCUUUGGCAGCGGGGAGUGCCGAUGCUACGAGGGUUUCCAUGGCACCGCCUGCGAGGACUGUGAGCCAGGACGAUACGGAGUCAACUGCUCCUCCAAGUGCGCGUGUGCCCAUGGGAAGUGUGAGGAUGGUCUUGCAGGAAGUGGCAAGUGUUUGUGUUACAAGGGUUGGAAAGGAGCAUCUUGCUCUUUUGAGAUCAAGGACGAUGCCUGUCAAGGAGUGUGUGACGAGAACGCCAACUGUAUCACAGGACCAAAGGGUUCAGCUGCUGUGUGUUUGUGUAUUGCUGGAUAUGAAGGCAAUGGAACCCACUGCAAAGAGCUGGAUUUGUGCAGCAGGUCUAAUGGAGCAUGUUCUGAGAAUGCAAUCUGCACAAAGGUGUCAGCAGGUGAAAGGACCUGCACCUGCAGAGAAGGCUACACUGGAGACGGGGUCAUCUGCCUGGAGAUAGACGGCUGUCUGGUGAACAAUGGAGGCUGCCACCAGUCAGCGGAUUGCCUCAGAGCGGGCCCUAACAUCACAUCCUGCAGGUGUCAGUUUGGCUUCCAGGGAUCAGGACGGUUCUGUUACCCGGUCAAUCCCUGCAGAAAUAACAACGGCGGCUGCAGUAAGUAUGCUCGCUGUGAGUAUCAGGGUCAGGGUCUAAGGAACUGCACCUGCCUCAGAGGCCACAUUGGCGAUGGCAUCAGUUGUCGUGGAUCCAUCAACAACGAGAUCUUCAGGCAGCCAGAGAACUCCUUCUUUCGUCGAAUGAUAUCUAUGGCGAGCACCCGUUCUCUCACUGGUGAUGGACCGUUCACUGUCUUUGUCCCUCAAACGCUGACAAACCAAGAAUCCUCUUUUGAGGAAUGGGACCGGUAUGGUCGUCUUCAAUACCUGAAUGAUUACCACAUUGUUGCUUGUGAGACUCUGACCCUGAGUGACCUCAAAACCACCAAGACUGUCAUCUCGACAUCGGGGGAAAUGCUUCACUUUAGCUUCCAGAAUGGCUCAGUCUGGAUCAACAACAGAUCCAGGAUCGUGAACGCCGAUUACACCACAGCAAAUGGAAUCAUUCACCAAAUCGAUCAAAUGUUGACACCCUACACGCUACAGGACAAACCAAACCUGCGCAUUAACCCGGUGAACCUCACCUCAGCAGCUCAGCUUUAUGGCUACACUCGCUUCUACAAACUCGUGGAGGAUGCAGGGUUAAUACCUGUGCUGGGAAAUAAGAUCCACCAGCCGUUCACUAUGUUCUGGCCCACAAACCAAGCUCUGGACUCCCUGCCAGCUGAAAGACAGCGCUGGCUCUCCAGCCCCGACCACCAGGACCAGCUGGCUGCUACCGUGAAGGCUCACAUCAUCCGUAACUCCAAGGUGAUGACUGUCAGUCAGCCGUCUAAAUACUCGUGGUUUCGGACCAUGCACGGAUCCCAAAUCAAGUUCAGUUGUGACAAAACCCAAGUGGGCGCUAUUUUGCUUAACGAAAAUGAAGCCAAGGUCGUGGAGCGCUACAUGACCUUCAGAGAGGGCAUGGCCUAUGGCAUCGACCAGUUACUGGAGCCGCCUGGCCUGGGAGCACACUGUGACGGCAUAGAGAACAGGACCACUAAAGGGCGCUGUGGAAACUGCAUCAUAACUCCAGUCUGCCCCUUCAAACACCAUGACACGGGAAGAAAAGAGAGCUGUUUAAAUUUGCGCUCUAGGUUCGGACGCGGCCCGUCACGUUGGUACACUGAUCUGGAUGAUCAUUUCAGCCGCAGGGGCUGUCAGAGAGUGUGUCAGUUUGAUACCUGGAGCCAAAAAUGCUGCAAAAACCACUAUGGCAGAGACUGUCAAGUUUGUCCAGGUGGAUUGGAAGCACCUUGCAGUAAAAAUGGUGACUGUGACGAUGGUGUGCGUGGUUCAGGAAGAUGUAAGUGCCGAGAAGGCUUUGUAGGAAAAGCUUGUGAGCUGUGUCUCUCCGGCUACUACGGCCCCAACUGCACAGCCUGCAGAUGUGGGCAGCAGGGAAGGUGUGAAGACGGCAUUGAAGGUUCAGGGUGUGUCUGCACACCGGGCUGGGAAGGUGAUCGCUGCCAGAACGAAAAAGGCGUCAUCCCAGAGGAGUGUCGGCAGUGCCACUCUGACGCCGACUGUGUGCCAGCCGUUGGAUGUCAGUGUAAAUCUGGGUUUCAGGGGAACGGCACCUUCUGCAGCCCAGAGCCACCUCCAGACCUCUGUGCCGAGUAUAACGGUGGCUGUCACCAGAACGCAGACUGUAACCAGACAGGACUACUUGUCAACUGCACCUGCCAGAGUGGUUACCAAGGAGACGGCUACUCCUGUGAGCCUAUCAACAGGUGUAUUGAAGACAACGGUGAAUGCAGUGAGUUUGCUUCCUGCAAGUUCACUGGUCCAAAUGAACGUGACUGCGAGUGCUUGCCGGGGUAUGUGGGUAAUGGAGUCCAGUGUUUGGAGAAGGUGGUGCCCCCUGUUGACCGCUGCCUUGAAGACAAUGGAGGCUGCGACCCUGUGGCCACAUGCAAGGACCUGCAUUACCAUGCCAACACAGCCGGAGUUUUCCACCUGCGCUCUCCGGAGGGGAAGUACAAGAUGAACUUCAGUCAGGCUGACGCCGCCUGCCAGGCAGAGGGCGCCCAGCUGGCCACCUUCAAACAGUUGGGAGAUGCACAGCAGCUGGGGAUGCAUCUGUGUGUGGCAGGCUGGAUGGAGGGAGGAAAGGCCGGAUAUCCGACCACCUUCCCCUCGGUCAGGUGUGGAGGAAACCACAUAGGAGUGGUGAUAUACAAAGAACCUGUGGACCAGAGCUUCAAGUACGACGCCUACUGCUACAGGCUGAAAGAUGUGUCCUGUGUAUGUCCGGCUGGUUACAUCGGAAAUGGAGACUUCUGUAACGGCGUCCUGACCAGUGUCCUCGCAACAUACAGUAACUUCUCCGUCUUUUACAAGUUAUUGUUGGACUACAGUGGCUCGUCCUUGGAAGGCAAACAGCUUGUUGACUUCCUGUCUCACAGGAAGUCUGAGGUCACGCUGUUUGUUCCUCAUAAUGCUGGAUUUACUCAAAACAAGACUCUAUCACUUCGAGAUCUCGAGUACCACAUCUCAGCCAAUAACAGCAGACGACCAUUCAAGGAUUUAAAACACAAGGAAGUCAUCAUAUCCAGGCUUGGGUUCAAUCUGACUGUUACCCACGGCAACAAUGAGAGCAUUAAGCUGGUGAACAAGCGGCUGCUGCUGGACUGGGACAUUCCUGCUGUAAACGGGAUCAUCCAUGUCAUCGAGGCCCCGUUCACAGCGCCCCCACCUCCAAUCUCCCAUUCUGCUUCCAAAGGCCACGCCCACUCCAGCGGCACAGUGUCGGCCAUCUUGGUGUGCCUGUUGCUGGCCUGUGUGUUGGCUGCACUCGGCUACUACGUCUUCAAACACAAGACGGACGCCUUCCGCUUCCACUACUUCAGAAAUGAAGAUGAGGACGGGACGGGCGGUAGGAAGAAGCCCACGCUGGUCUCCAUCCCCAACCCUCUGUACUGCGGCUCCAGAGCCUUCAGCGAGCCGUUUGGGGAUGGGGGUCAGGCGAUGGAGUCCGCAGAGCCAGAAGAUCCUCCAAAGAUUCUGGACCUGGACUAGUAAAAAAUCAACAAAACUGGAAAUAUCUGUCUACAAUCAAACCAGUUGCCUUUUUCCAUGUUUAAGGCUUCAACUCAUCUCUUCAUUUGUAUCUGAAUAAGAAAUAAAAGUUGUCUUGUUUACUUUAAAAGUAUGGCUUUCAAACGAUUACAUUUUUUUAAUCAGUAAAUAUCAAUAGUUAACAGCGCUGAAUCACAUGUUUGUUCCAUUAUUUCACAUCUAAAAAUAAAAAUUGAGGCUUUUAUUUUGA